UUUUAUGAACAUAUAUAAAGUAAAUUUAUUCAUUAAAAUCAUUGAUAUUGAUAAUGAGAUGUGGAUAAAUAUCCCAUGCUUCUGUUCUAAUCGAUGAUGGCUGCUUUAGAAAUUAAUUUGAAACCAAAGUUGCGAAUUGUGAACCACAAGUUUCCCUCCCUCCCAGGUCACUCGUUCAGAAGAAAAAUAAAAAUAAAGAAAGAAAAAAAAAAAAAGAUUAACAUUUUGUACAUUUAUAUACUAUACCGCGUUUGGUUUGCAAUCGCUAUCAUCAUGCCUUUACCUUCCUCGUUUUCAUCUGAGGAAGGAAUAGAAUCUUGGAGUAAUUGACGUCUAUAAAUACCCGCCAAGCUGAAAUCAAAGCAACCAACACCAAGCCAAACGCCAAAAAGGAAUCAAAACGCAAACUCAUUAUUUGGUUGAAGUGGCGUUUGGCUUGCCCUGUUCUCAACUAAAAUGCCGAAAAUGGGACUCAAAAGCUUAUUCCUCUCUAAAACAUCAGCAUCACCACCUUCCGCAAAGCCCUUCUCCCACUCCUUAUUGGACGAAAACAUUGAAAUUGCACGCUCUAUCAUUUCCAAAUGGGACCUUAUUCCUUCUUCUCACCAAACUUCUUCUCUCAAAUCUGCAACCGUUCCUCUUUUCAGCAACACGCGUCAGGAAGCCAAACAGUACCUUAAGGCCGUUACGAGUCUGCAGUCCACUAUGCAUCACCUCGUUGCACUCGAUUCCUCCUCCGAGAGCCUCGUUCAAGCGCAAUUCCUAAUGCAACUCGCCAUGAAGAGGCUCCAAACCGAAUUCUAUCGGAUUUUAGCCGAAAACAAGGACAAUCUCGAUCCUGAAUCCGUCAUUUCCACCGAUCGACGGAGCAGCAGUGUCUCCGAGGACGAAGACAAUUUUUCAGAGGAUGAGUACCGCUUCGCCGGCGGCUCGGUAUCCACUGUCGCCAUGGCGGAUUUGAAAGCCAUUGCGGAGUGUAUGGUUUCCGCGGGAUACAGCAAAGAGUGCGUCAAGAUUUAUAUCGUAAUGAGGAAAUCGAUCGUGGAUGAGGCGCUGUAUCAUUUAGGAGUGGAGAGGCUGAGUUUUUCUCAGGUUCAGAAGAUGGACUGGGGGGUUCUGGAGUCUAAGAUUAAGUGCUGGGUGAACUCCGUCCAGGUUGCCGUACAAACACUGUUUCGCGGCGAGAAAUCGCUCUGCGACUACGUCUUCGGUUCGGCGGAGAGGAAGAUCGCGGACUCGUGUUUUGCCGCGAUUUGCGGAGAUGGCGCGGCGACGCUGUUCGGGUUUCCAGAUAACAUGGCGAAGUGCAAGAAAACGACAGAGAAAAUGUUCAGGAUGCUGGACUUGUACAACGCGAUCUGUGAAAACCAGCAACAAAUCGAGUCCAUCUUCUCGUCCGAAUCAACCUCCUCCAUCAUAUUACAGGUGUGCGCUUCAAAGGCGAGGCUUGGCGAAGCCAUUCGGACGAUGUUAAUCAACUUUGAAUCCGCGAUUCACAAGGAAUCUUCGAGGAUUCCCGUUCCCGGAGGUGGAAUCCACCCAGUCACGCGCUACGUCAUGAACUACAUCGCGUUCCUCGCCGAUUACAAGGACGCGCUCGCCGAGAUAGUUGCCGAUUGGCCGCAGAAUCCGUUGCCGGAGUCUUACUACCGUAGUUGCGAUCGCGAGGGAGUGAAUCGCUCGUCGGGGAUAGCGGAACGGAUCGCGUGGCUAAUAUUGGUGCUCCUCUGCAAACUCGACGGCAAAGCGGAACUGUACAAAGAGGUUGCGCUCUCCUACCUGUUUCUCGCAAACAACAUGCAAUACGUCGUCGUAAAAGUGCGAACCUCGAACCUAGGGUUAAUCCUAGGCGAACAUUGGUUAACGAAACACGAGCUGAGGGUGAAAGAGUACGUUUCCAAGUACGAGGGCGUUGGAUGGAGCAAGGUUUUAUCAACUCCCCCGGAAAACCCAACGGCGGAACAAGCGAGGGCAAUUCUCGAGAGUUUCAUGUCCGCAUUCCGUGAAGCGUGCAGGGCACAGUCCUCGUGGGUCGUGCCCGACCCGAAUCUGCGUGACGAAAUAAAAGCAUCGAUAGCUACUAAGUUUGAACCAAUAUACAAAGUGUUUUUUGAGAAAUAUCAGCUCGGGCCGGAUGCGGUUUUCGGUUGUUCGCCCGAUUAUUUCGAAAAAAAUAUCUCAAAUAUUUUAACGGGUUGCGUUUCGUCGUCGCAGACAGCUCCUUCUCCACCGCAUCGCUAUAAACGCCGGUGAUGUUGGAGCACGCACUCGGUUGGGCCCACACAUUGUUUUUAUUGUUUUUUUAUUAACGGUAAAGGCAAGAAUGUGGGUUUAUUUUAUUUUAAUUUACUUUUUCCGAUUAAGGAAUAAGUUUUAAGUGAAAUAAUCCCCCAACCAUGGAAGGAUAAAGUAUAUUUUGUAAUUUAAACUCACAUAUUUCAUUUUUUUUUUUUAAAUGCUGACUUCUUUUGGGUUGCACCACUAUGAAACUUUUGCAUCCAAAUUAGUUUGACAUUUUAACACUUGAAUAACUAUUCAUAAGUAUUAUGAAAAUCUACAUUUAUUAUGAGAAACUACAAGUCUUUAACAUUUUAUUUCAUCUAUCUUUAACAAGUUAUAAUAAUACAAAGACUAAUUACAUUAUAUAAAACAUUACGUAUUCACCUAUAAGCUGAAAAUGUCCUUAUAUAAUAACCUCUAU